AUGUCCUACACCAUCAAAGUCCGUGUCUUUCAAACCAACCCCAACGCUUUUUUCCACAUCGUUGAAAAAGCCUGUUGGCACUAUGGAAAUGGCUGCCAGUGGACCGAGCAGAACGGCGUCUUGACUCUCACUAUGGGCAGCAGUGGUACUUCCGGUAUGCUGCGCUUCAAGACUGAGCAAAAUAAGGAGGCUUUCUUUGUCGCCCUGGGCGUGCAUAACUACAAGCCCUGGGUCGACACAGUGACCGGCCUGGGUGACGACAUCACCUGUGUCAAGGCUCUGCCUGAAUACUACGGCAAUGCGUCAGACCGUACCCGAUCUCGCGAGUCUCAGCGUACUGAGCAGACGAUUCUGAACAUUGAUCGCAGGAACAUUAAGACCAAUUACAAGGUUAAGGAGGCAACAAUUUCAACUUCAUCACAACCCCCAGAGUGGCACUUCAGAUGCGCCAGGACCCAUCGCGAUAUCCUUUGGGGCACCUCCCCAUGCGUUUUUCGACGAUCAAGCUAUGCGCAGAGCAACUUCUGCGCAAGCACACCAGACCACACGACCAUUGCGGUUUCAGAAAAUGGAUUCGUCUGGUCAACCUGCCGCGCAUACAACGAGGGCAAGCACCUGAUCGUCCGCCCUGAUGAUGUCUGGCUGGCCAUCCUCCAGAAUAUCGGCCGUUACAGUCUCCCUCGCACAGAAGAAUCCCUGUCGGAGGCAAAGCUCGACGUUCCGACCUUGAACGAGGAGGACUUUCGGAACUUCUCUACCUUGGCCGAGGAAAUGAAGUAUCUCGUCAACAGGAAAUGCUUCUCGAGGGAACGUACGAAUUCCUUGAUGCCAGGCUUUAGUACGACGUGUCCAGAAGACAUUACGGCUGCUUGUGUUUUGCUCCUCGGUCGAGAGCUCAAAGAGAAGGUUCUCGGCGACUUCCGCUUCAGAAAGGGUGGCAUUCAUUUCGCGACCCUCUCUGGAACGCCUCUAGAUUGGGGUAGCCUCCUGGAUAAAUUGAGAGAUUUCAGAAAUGAGGGUGAAGAGGUGAAGCUCUUCAUCAAAAACAUACGGCCCAUUUUGAGCCUUCUUCACUAUACUGCUCGUGAACCAGAUAGCGUAAUAGCGCGCGAGUUUAUCGAGACCAUGGUUAGGAAAACACCCCCAAAUGGCGAAGACGCUCAUUUGGUGACUGGAUGGAUCACUGCCUUUUGUCAUAUCAACCCAAAACGCCAAAAUCGGCAAUCUGACAAGGAUGGAGACGAACCAUCUGAUCAAGAUGUUGAGUCUGAAGUCUCGGAAACCAGAGACACGUCCGAAGAAGAUAAGGAAGACGAUAUAUUCCAUCAAACCGUCAACCUCUCGGAUAUCCCUGUUGGAACAGCGAGAAUGCCUGUGCGGUUGAUGGGUAAAUACAGGACUGCGAAUUGCAUCAUGGUAGGAGGGUCAAUUGCUGCGACGUGUGGACGCCAUCAGAGUAACGGAUGGGUGUAUAGGCCGAUGCCAGGAUGGAUUUUGAGCAUAAAAGAGGACAAUAAAAUGGCGCGCAUGAGACAAGAGAUCCUGGAUGAUGUGAAGCAGGAGAUUCGGCAUCAGGUGAAGGAGGCGGCUAACGAGUUUAAGGACUGCAUCUGGAGUAGUACUGCGAGCACUUUGGUGUUGAAUAGACUCGAGAGACGGUUAGAAAAAAUGUGA